ACAAAGGGCACAAUAGGAACACGCACAUGUUGUUCCCUAACUACUCAUAUCCAGGACGGCUUAGAAAUAAUUUUAUCCAGUCCCAUUCUCAUGAACACAUUCAUUACUUGCUGAUGCUCUGCUGCAGAGGUAUACAUCUUGCCCAGGCGUUGGCUCGGGCGAUGAAAAUUAUCCGCGUGCUUACCGCUGUUGCUGCUCUCCUGUCUACUAGUGCCUCCUACGCACUCCAGGAUUGUCCAAGCAUCUGGAAUGAUGCCAAGCUCCGGACCAACACCACCGGCGCGAUCCGGCUGACGAUGCUGCACACACAGCAUCGGUGCUCGCCCGUGCGGCGGCAGAGGGGCCUCCCUCCGUCCUGGCAUCAGCAUCACUCCACGGCGCUACACCGCGAGCGCCGCCUUCUCUUCCGUCGCCGGCCGCCCCCGCCAAACAUCUCCACGCCAGUGACGAGCACGAGCGCCGCCGGGGUGGAUCACGGGUUCAUGGCGCAAGUCGCCAUCGGGACACCGCCCACGACGCAGACCGUCCUGAUCGACACCGCCGCGUCCUUCUCGUGGGUGCAGUGCGCCCCCUGCGCCCGUAACGGCUGCUACAACCAGGACGGCCCGCUGUUCGACACCCGGACCUCCUCCACGUACGCCGCGGUGCCAUGCUCGACGCAGCCGUGCGUGUCCGUCGACGCAACCAUGGCGCGUACCAACUGCAGCAGCAGCGGGGACAAGACAUGCCUUUACAGGGUAGAGUACACGGACCGGUCGGUGUCCCAAGGGCGCGUGAGCAGGGACACGCUCACCCUCGGCCAAGAGAAGAUCCCGGGGUUCAUGUUUGGCUGCAGCCGGCACCACGAACCCACGUUCGAGAGAUACGCAGGCAUAUUCGGCUUUGCAAAUGACCGCGUGUCUUUCUUCUCCCAGGUCGUGGACAAGUCUCGGCAGUACCGGGCAUUCUCCUACUACCUCCCUUCACCGAGCUCCGUAGGGUACAUACAGGUGGGGUCCUACGACGAGGGCGGGUUGGCCUUCACUCCCAUGUUCAGUAGGAACCUGUACUACUUCCUGGCACUGACAGGGAUGACGGUCGACGGCUCCCCGAUAGACUUGGCAAGCACCAACUUGUCAGCUGGCCAGCCGAGACCGUCAGAGUUCGUCAUGUACCUAGACCUGGGCUCAGCAUUUUCCCUGCUACCAAGCCAUGUGUAUAAGAGGAUUUGCGACGCGGUGGCUCAGGGCAUCAAAGGGUACGACCGCAUCCACAGAGGGGGGCAGAGCUGUUGCUUCGACCCGUCGUUUCUGUCGACGGAGAGAGCGGUGCCCACGGUGCAGAUACAUUUCAGGAAUGGUGUGCGACUCGUGCUGAAUGAAGCCAGGCUCAUGUACGAAACACCCGAUGAGAGGCUCUGCCUUGGUUUCGUGCCCAGCACUAGCCGCUUCUUGCUCGGCAGCAUGCAGUUGCAGAUGGCCUAUGUGGUUCAAGACGUUGAGAAAUCAAUCAUGGGAUUCCCGAGGACCUAAUAUAUAAAUUUUAAAGAAUCCCGAAAAGUUAUCUAUAUGAUCAUAUGGAUAUAUGUUACACAU